CCCCCGCUGGCGGUGCUGCCCGUGGAGAAGAUGGCGGCGGCGGCGGCAGAGGCAGCGCUGCCACCUGAUCAGGCAGAGCCGGAGGAGGACGAGGAGGAGGAGGAGGAAGAGGACGGGGAUGAGGAGGAAGAGGAGGAGGAGGAGGCCGGAGAGAUGAAUGGAUUGGUUGUCUCUGGAAAAAUGGAUGGCAGCAAGUUAGAUGUGGAAGUGUCUGAGCCAGAAAUCAAAGACAAAGUAGUAGAACAAGAGCCAUUAAGGGAAUCUGACAAUAGCAUUUUGGACGCAUCUUCCGAUUCUCCAAGAGAGAAGCAUAUUUCAAUUCAAAGACAGCUUGCUGAUCUAGAAAAACUAGCUGAUCUGAGUGAGGGUGAGUUUGCUUCAGCUGUAUCCCCGAACACAGAUCUUCAAGUUGGAGGUGUUGGGUUUCAUGUAUUUCUUCUUUCUUUUGCAUUUUUAGCUGGAAAGAAGCCUUGCCCUCUAUGUCCUGAAGACAAAUUUAAAGCUUGCUAUAGCCAUAAGCUCCAUCGCCACCUUCAAAAUUUGCACUGGAAAGUUUCUGUUGAAUUUGAAGGAUACAGAAUGUGCAUCUGUCAUUUACCGUGUCGCCCUGUGAAGCCAAAUCUCAUUGGAGACCAGACCUCUGUGAAGAUGGGAGCCCAUUAUCACUGUAUUAUUUGUUCAGCAACUAUCACACGAAGGACUGACAUGAUAGGGCAUAUUAAGCGUCAUGUGAACAAAGGAGAAACUGAAUCCAGGUACAUUGCAGCCCCUGCUCCUAAGUCUUCUCUUGAAGUGCUGAAAGAAGCAGACACAGAUGUACAAGUUCUUCCUAACUACUCCACACCUCAGAAAACAGAUUCCUAUUUUAAUCCCAAAAUGAAACUUAACAGGCAACUCAUAUUCUGUGCAUUAGCUGUUUUGGCUGAAGAACGGAACCCCUUAGAGUGUUUGGAUGCAUUUGGGGCCACUGGUAUAAUGGGACUGCAGUGGGCAAAACACCUUGGAAAUUCUGUGAAGGUUACAAUUAAUGACUGUAAUGAAAAUUCUGUGACAAUGAUUCAGGAAAACUGCCAUUUAAACAAGAUGAAAGUAGUGAUGAACCCUAAGGAAGAGGAUGACUGUGAUGAAACUAUGGAAGAGGGAGAAGAAAAUAUAGGCACUAUUGAGGUGACAAAAAUGGAUGCCAAUAUCAUAAUGCAUUUACGAUCCUUUGAUUUUAUACAUUUGGACCCAUUUGGAACAUCUGUGAAUUACCUGGAUUCUGCCUUCAGAAAUGUAAGAAAUCUGGGAAUAGUAUCGGUGACUUCCACAGAUAUUAGUUCUCUAUAUGCGAAGGCUCAGCAUGUUGCCCUGCGUCAUUAUGGCUGCAACAUUGUCAGAACAGAGUACUACAAGGAGCUGGCAGCUAGAAUAGUAGUUGCUUCUGUGGCAAGAGCUGCUGCUCGAUGCAACAAAGGCAUUGAAGUUUUGCUUGCAGUAGCCCUAGAACACUUUGUUCUAGUAGUAGUGAGAGUUUUGAGAGGACCAUCACCUGCAGAUGAUUCAGCAAAGAAAAUUCGCUAUCUCAUCCACUGCCAAUGGUGUGAAGAGAGGAUUUUUCAGAAAGAGGGUAAUAUGGUAGAAGAAAACCCUUAUCGGCAGCUACCCUGUGACUGCCAUGGCAGUAUGCCUGGGAAGACGGCAGUAGAGCUGGGUCCUCUGUGGUCAGGGUCCCUCUUUAAUACUGGAUUCCUCAGAAGAAUGCUGUUUGAAGCUGUUCAGCACGGCUUAGAUGAGAUUCAGCCACUUCUAAAAACAUUAAUCUGUGAAGCAGAAUGUACAACUCUAAAACAGUUUUCAAUCCAUGGUCCUACAAGCCAGAACAAGCAAGAAGAGUGUGGUGUAUUUAUUAAAACACCAGAUACUUCAACUGACUACUUUGUGGUACAUGGUAAAAGGAAAAGUAAUGAAAUGAUUCGAAACACAACAAAACGACAAAAGGCUGAGAGCAAUGCUGAACACCCUGCCUUUUAUUAUAACAUCCAUAGGCACAGUAUCAAAGGAAUGAAUAUGCCAAAGUUAAAUAAAUUCUUGCAGUAUCUGUCCCAAGCUGGAUAUCGAGUAAGUCGAACCCAUUUUGAUCCUAUGGGAGUUCGUACAAAUGCACCCUUGGCGCAGUUUAAGUCUAUCCUUGUAAAAUACAGCACUCCCACUUACACUGGAGGACAGGCAGAAGGCCCUGUCCAGUCAACUGAAGGUGCCCAGGCUGGGGACUAUGUCCAAGCUUCAGUAGAUGACAAAUCAGGAAAUACCGAAGUCACAGAUGAUAAAUCAGGAGCUAGCACCUUGUUGACAAAAGAUAACAAUUCCAAUGUUAUUACUGCUGCUGAAAGCAAUUAACUGUAUGUUUUGAAUUCAAAAUUUUAGAGUUUUGCAACAAGGCAGUGGUCUUUUACCAAACAGGACUGGAAGGUUUUGUUUGCCAGGUACUUUAGCGCGUGAACACAUUUUCAAAUUAAGUAGCAACAAUUGGUGAUUGAUCACAGUAAGUGUGGUCAAUUUACAGUUAGUCAGGAAUGAGAUUGGAGGGCUAUUUGCCUUUUUAUAUUCCACUUUCUGUUUUCAAACUGUGGCACUUCAUGACUAACCUCAAAUCUUUUUAAAGCCUUAUUCAAACUCCUAGUACAGUGUUCAGAAGAGAAGGGGCCAAAAGUCUUAAGCAAUUUUGUGAGUGUUGCUAGAAUAAUUUAAGUAUGAAAGGGACAGUCAUUCCUGCAGCUUAACCGGUUAGUUUUACAAGAGGCUGUGUCUUACGAAGGCACCAGAAUGUUGCAGAAUAAAAUGCAGCACUAAUUUUAAUGAGUCAGAAAGUGUUGGUAGACUAAUUUUACUGCUAGAUAGCAAGCUUAAUUUGGCACUCAGAGCCAUCUGUUACUCUUUUUGACUAGAAGCAAAGAGUAAACACAAAUGGAAAGGGGAAAUGAAGCUACAACCUUUUUUACUGUUUGAAAUUUUUAUAUUUAGCUAUAAAGCAAGUUUUCAGUGGACAGAUUUGUCAUUUUAGGCAGCUGUUUUUCUGUUCAGAGAAUCUGGACAAUCACUGGAAACAAGGCACUGAGCAAUGGUCAAUUCAGUAGGAUUUAACAUAUGGGAAUCCUAUAUUCAAAGUGGUACAGUUUAAUUAAGUUAGUACCUCUGUAUAGGUCAGUUCAUUUAUCACAUUCUCUAAAUUAGCUUGCUUGUGAAUUUCGUUUUACAAGACACGAACUUACAGUUUUUUCUCUUCACUGCUAGAAGUAUCUUUUGCUGAAUAUACUGAAAAGACAUUGUGUUUGGUAAAUAGUUGUUUCUGGUUUCCUUAAAUAUAUAGCAUUACUCCAGUCCAACAAACAAAUCUUGAGCUUGAUUUUUUUUUCUUCUUCUUACAACCCUUAAGGCUUCUGUGCUAGUUUCUCUACUGGUUCUGGGAUGUACUUCAUUCUGCUUUUCAAACAGGAUCUUCCCCCAGUGAGGGUAAAUGUUUCAGUUUUAGUGGUGAGUUUUGCAGAUUCUCUCUAGUCCUGUCACAAAGGCACUUCCUUCAGUUCCAUACACCACUGUAUCUAAUGAGUGAGGGAGCAGAAAUAAUUCAUGAAUAAGUAAUAAGUAUGGGGGGAGGGGUGGAAAUAGUGCAUAUUCUUGAUGUACCAUUUAGCAUCCAUGUACUUUGCUAAAGCAGGGACAUCAAGCACACACAGCCAUUCCCUCCAGCCCAGGGUAUUCCUGGCAGACCAGGGAAUUUAGGGGUGGGAGCUGCUCUAGAAUUCUGGAUUAUGGGCCCCUGUUGGGCAUGGUUGCUAGUGGCAGGGGAUGAGCAAGGGCUAGGCUGCCACAGCUCUGCUUGUGCCACUGUCUCCAUCGCUGGUCCCACUACUUCCACAUCUGGAACUGGUCUGAGGAGCUCGACAGUACAGAUCCUGCCCAGGGCAAGUGUGAUUCCCAUGUGCUAAAGAAAACACAAACUAAGAAAAUUCCACAAAUGGUACAGAGAUUCUCAAGUCAGAAUUGGGGGGG